AUGCUAACAUUAGGUGGUGGAUGGGAGCAAAUUUUUAUGCAGCUCUACAUAAUCAUACACUUAAAGCCAAAAAUUAGAGUUAUUUUAUUUCAAGAUACUUCUUCAAUAGUUGUUCUCAUGGUGUUCAGUUCUAAAAGAGUGAGUGUCAUUGCAUUGCAAUCAAGCUCUUUUGCUUUUGGAUUGGUUCUCAUAUUAAUAAAUCGCAUAAUUCGCUACAAGUUAGUUUCUUUAAAUGGCUAUACAUUUCCACCUACACAUUUAAUUUUUGCUCCUCCCAUCAAAAUUUUACCCAUAUCAUUUUCAGAUUUAUAUUUGACAGGAAAUGAAUUUUGGUCUAAUUUCAUCGCAAUUAACAUAUUCACCGAAUUAAAAGCCAAGGUUUUUAGUGAGUCCUUCCGGUUUUCUGCAGUGACAACAUUUGCUAUUAAGGAAACUUUUUUUUCUUAUUCUUUAUAUUCAAACUUGCAGAUUAGGCUUGUAUCUACAAGAUAUUGUUUUGAUCAUCGUAGUGAAAAUGAGGGUUGUGCGUUUGUUUUCAAAGGAAAGGCAGAAUUGUUGCUCUUGUUUGGAAUCGAGUGUUCAAAUUUAUUAGUUAUAUUUAAAGCCUAUACAGAGAAUACGGGAUUUUAUAGAAAUUAUGGGAGCAUGACUUUAACCCAAUCUAUGUGCUGUCACAGGAAUUCAGUUCUAUGCAGGAAAUUCAUCUCACUUUGA